CUGUAAACUAUAAGGAGGAUGAACCUAACUCCUUACGAUUUUACGCGGACGUGAAGAUGGAUUUGCCAGAGGAAACUUAUGUAUGAGAUGAAAUUGUCAGCCACCGCUCGCGCUUUUGGUGUCUACAGAGUACCGACUGGUCUUUCGAUCGAUGCAAACAUUUGUGACGAGAAUAAAAAGAAUUUUAUGGGUAUCAUAUUAGAUUUCAUUGGCAUUAGGGAAUGUCCUCCAAAAAAGGGUGUUUACUCAAAUGAAGAUUUUAUGCCAGAGGUACCUUCAUUUGCAGUUUACGCGCUGCAUAAUGUGCAUCUCUGUGUCGAUGCAGUCCUCUACGGAAAGCCAGAUAUUAUGCUAAUGAAACUGAAAAUUUUUCUCAAAAUAAACUAACGACUUUAUAAGUAUUGUAUGAACAAAAUACUUGUAUAAUAGCUCUUUCAUGAUAAAUAGCAAAAAAAGAA